GAAAACUGACCUGAUCGUUUCCAUAGCAACGAUCAGAAGCAGACAUUGCGCCAGAAGUCCAGUGACAUCACUAAUGAGGUCAUAGAUGACAUCAUGUACAUCACAGUAGAUCAAAGAAGUUCUGAUGCUUGAAUGCUUGAAUCUCAGAGUAUCAGUCAGAUUCAGACGGUUCUUGGAGGUUCAGAUUUGUGUGUAGCAACAAUGUUUGGUGUAUCAAAAGCGUUCGUUCCCUUGUUUAUCCCACUUGGUUGGGGGCUGGGAUAUGCUGUGACCACGGGAUUGAAGAAAGUUUUUGAUCAUUGCUUUCCAGGAAAGGAUUCGAACGAAGGUUUCCAUCAGGAGGAAGAAGACGACUUGUUUUGGAAAGGUCUUCCAACCGACACCCAAGAACAAACCGACCCGGCUGGGGAGGUUUGUUCUGAAAAGGUGACAGAGGUUUGUGGGACCACAGACUCUCACCCAACAAGGACUGGACUAGAAAGUACAGAGGACAACGGUACUGUCUCUGAGCAAACCGACCCGGCUGGGGAGGUUUUCUCUGAACACCCGACCAAUGUCUGUGGGAUCACAGAGAUUGGUGUGACAGAGAUGGUGCGAGACGGUACUAAAGACAAUCGUACUGUCUUUGAGCAAACUGACCUGGCUGGGGAAGUUGGCUCAAAGACAACUGUACACCAGGAGGGUGAGAGAACGGUCGCAGAGAAAUCUGACCCGGCUGGGGAGGAUUUGUCUGCGGCUGACCUCGCAGCCAAAGCUCUUGCUGAGGUAACAGCAGAAGCUUUGGUCUCAUGGGUUCCAGCUCUGUCCUCUCCAAAGUGCUCUACUCUCAAGAGCACUUUUACAAGCGACGUUCCAAUUCCACGUUCCCCGGACGGGGAACGUAUCUCAGAAGAAGAUGGAAUGAUGAAUUUGUCAAAGAAACCUUCUCUACAUGCAAGGAUCACCGUUGCCUUGGAGGUUAACAUUUCUCCGGAUGUCGAAGCAGAACACAGAGUCGGCUUGGAUCUCCCAGAUACAGGCAGGACAGCAACUGCAGGAAACGGACAGACGGAGGAGAACUUCUUCAGGUUCUCCAACGAGCUCCAGAACAGCUGGAGGCAGACCAGGAUUCACCCUGUGGUAGCCAAUCGGACCAUGGACGUUCCUGCGGAUUGUGAAGGUGGAAGUGAGAGGUACCACCUGUCCUCCGUUAUCUGUGGAGAUUCAAAGCCGGCUCAGUUCCACUCCUAUUUGAUCAAAGGAGAACAAACCGUUAAGGCUGACGACGAGCAUGUCUUCACUGCAGACAGCGACUGCAGUGAAGACAUGUCUCAAAAUUCACUAAUCUGCAUCUAUGAGAAGGUCAGAAACGAUGAGACAACAGAUACUACAGUUUCUCCAGCCCCUCCUCUGGAAGGUGAUAAAGGAGCCUUUGGAGAGGAGCCAAAAUUAUUAAAUUAUGAAGAAGACAAAAUUAUCGAAGACCUAAUUAGUUACUAUCUUGAGGCUGGAGAACUGUGAUUGGGACCAAAAGAUAUCUGACUUAAAUGUCUGGAACAAAAGGGGUAAAAAGUUUUGACAGGUUUCUCUCCGGGCGCUCCGGCUUCCUGCCACAGUCUGAAAUCACGGCUCUGUAGUUUAUUGGUCUCUAAAUUCUGUUUGUGUGAUUAAAACGUUUAUUUUUGUGACUAAAACCGUUCCCUGGGUUUGAAUCCCUGCCUGGGUCCUUCUGUCUUCGUGGGUUUGCAUGUUCUCCAAGUGCAUUAGUGGGUUCUCUCCGGGUUCUCCAGCUUCCCCCCGUAGUCCAAAAAGAGGACUAGCUGACCUUUGCCCCAUGUCUUCUCUCCUCUCUUUUGUUUAAAGUAGUUUCAGCUACUAGAGCCAAAACUACUUUAUUAUUUAUAAUGUCAAGAAUACAUUUUGUAAUUAAAUUUCAUAAAUAUCAAAAGGUAGUUUCCAGUUAGCAGGUUUCUCUCCGGGCGCUCCGGCUUCCUGCCACAGUCAGAAAUCAUGA